UGAGGCACAUCCGGCUGGUACUCAGGAUACGUUCUCUCGCCACAUUUCGUUCGUUCAUCGUUGAAAUUCGUGUCAUUGGUGUCACAUCUGCCGCAGGGCUUAUACUGCAAACUCUGAAGGGGUGUCGGACCUUAUAGUGAAAAAUCGUAGUGGAUAUUAGCGUUUUGUCUGCAAGAAAGUGUCAACACUCACUUCAGUAUCUAUUAAAUUAAGACAGACAUGCAGUGCCUGAUAUACAUAUUGACUAUACUUUUCACAAAUGCAAUAUGUGGAAAUGGAAUUACGGUGACAAGUACCAUAAGUAAGAACUCGACCCUCGUGAGUUCACAGUCCGGCCGCCAGAAAAGAUCUUCCUGCGAGCCUGAUGUUGCCAUAGCCUUGGAGACACAGGUUCAAGUACUGAAGACGGGGAAAGACAACGUCGUCCUUUAUACCCGUCAAAAGAACCUGAAGUACAUCGAUGUUAAGCUCACGUUCACCUUCGGACAAGAGAUCAGACGCUUUUCAACCGAGAGGUGCGUCACUGACCCCUCGUGUUGGCAAGCGGUCAGAAUUCGUGCCCUCAGGAACCCCAAUGGCGUGAAGGCAUCGAAAUGGGCAGUCGAACUCAGCCUCGGGUCCUGUUCCUUCUACGAGACCUAUUCGCACCUGUACUGGGUCAACGCCUUCUACAGCAUGGGUAUUUUUGCCCAGGGUUCCUCGGAAUGGUACUUCACACUGAGGGGCCUAGGCUGCUCGGCCCACUUGAACCCUACCCACUGCCCUCCUGCUGGGAACCCGAGUCUCCACGUCGCGGGGGCGGAAGGGGCGGCCUCUACCAGCAUUGGGAUCGUCGCUGCUUGUCUCUUGUUGUUAAUUAACAUCCUCGUCAUCGUAAUACUGUACAAAAGAUGCAGGAUACGUUCAGAAUCCAGUUUGCGGUUGACACAGAUCGGUGUAGAAGACGACAGCAGCAUAGUGAGUAGAAAUGCCCCAUCGCGAUCGGGGGAGGGUAACCUGUACCUCCCCCCUUACCCAAGAACCACGGUCGGCCCUCACCCAGUAACCAAUCCACUUAGACGAUACCCCGAACCUCCUUUAAUACCUGUCGGGAACGCUGAAGGCCCGAGCUACCUGUACGUCGCGAAACCCAACGUCAGGCCCCAGUGCCAAACGUCAACGUGCCCGAGACGACCCAGGCAUUUCUUAGAAAACGGCUCUCAAAGCACGUAUGAUGAUGUAAGCAAAGAAAGUGGUCACGGUCAGUAUGAUGACGUGGACGAAGACUGCAUGCUAGCCCAGCCUCGUGUCUUGUAUAGUAACACCGUCAUCGAGCGCCUGACGGGAAAACCCACUCCGCGCUUUCAACAGACUGAGAGUAACCAUUACAUUGACCUGACUGGAGAGUGAGGCUGGGACGGUUUAGAACACAUCUUACCAAAUAUGGUAAAAGUAACAUCACUGUUGUUCGAUUAUUGUAUUCGCAAACAUGAUGAGGGAAUUUCAAUGACGGUAAUGAUAGUUGGAGAUUUGAUGAUAAUGAUGAUAGUGAUAGUAAUAGUAUUACUGGUAAGCACAGCAAUGGUAAUAUUGAUAUCAUUAUGGCAAUAAAAAUGGUAACAAAAAUAUUUUUGUUAUUAUUGUCAUUCUUAGUCUUAUUAUUAUCAUUGUUUUUAUUAUAGUUAUUAUUACUAUUAUCAUCAUUAUUGAUAUAAUCAUCAUUAUCAUUAUCAUUACUAUUAUUAUUAUCAUCAUUAUCAUCGUCAUUGCCAUUAUCAUCAUCAUUAUCAUCGUCAUUGCCAUUAUCAUCAUCAUUGUCAUCGUCAUUGCCAUUAUCAUCAUCAUUAUCAUCGUCAUUGCCAUUAUCAUCAUCAUUAUCAUCGUCAUUGCCAUUAUCAUCAUCAUUGUCAUCGUCAUUGCCAUUAUCAUCAUCAUUGUCAUCGUCAUUGCCAUCAUCCUCCUCAUCAUUAUUAUCAUUAUUGUUAUCAUCAUUAUCACCGCUAUCAUGAUCACUGUUGCGUUGCUGCUCUUAUCAAUUCAGUUCAUUUAUUGCAUUGUCAUCACUUUUACUAUCGGUAUUUUUAUCACUGGUCACGUUAUCAUUUCAUCAAUAUAGUUAUUUCUAAUCCUAUUGUCAAUAGCAUUAUCAUCAGCAAAUAAAUUUUUAUUGUGGUAUCCCCCCCCCCUUCAAUAGACAUCCGUGGGUAUGGCAUUUGCAAUAAAUCUUUCUUAUAAAAAGUGAUUCAUUUAUGAUAAUUUGUCACCGACCAUUCAUAUUUCGAUAUUCUAUUUUACAAUUAACACUAAUGAUCAAAAUAAUUUUAGCGGACAUGCAUACAUUUCCAUUUACUUGUUUAUAUGCAAAUUACUAGAUUAUAGCUUGCAUGACUUAAACCGUUAGAAAUUCUAAUCAGAAAUAAUUGAUUAUGCAAUCACAGAUCAUGAAUAUAAUUAGUUAUUACGAUAUAUUCCUGUUGCUCUCCUGUUCUGCCUCGCCCUGACCUUUGCUUGUUACGCCACAGUGUUCUCAGAAGCCAUAAGUGCUUAAUAAUACUAAUCAUUUUAUUGUGUAGUGAAUUUGAUGUGAUGGUUGCACUGGCUACAACAAACCUCAUUAUAUGUCGUAAUACCUGCAUGUCUGAAAAAAAAACACUGAAAGCAAAAUGAGAAAUAUGGAUAAAAUUACAACCAUUGUUAUAACACUGAUUCAAACUCUUGUAGGAUUUAAUGAGAACAAAUUAAAUGCCUUUGAGAUUAUCCAUUGCACUAUCGGUUGCUGCAAGAAAAACCUGGACGGCAGCUCCUUCACUGGCAAUGGCCGCGUGCAUGAUGUCAAACUGAGACGGGACGUAAUCGUGCUUGAAGUGUUAAUGCAGCUGCUUCCGGACCUCAUUAUUGCAUCAUAUUACCACUUAUCUAUUAGGAUAUGUUUCAAGUAAAUAACAUGAAGUGUGCCUGUUGGUUAUAUUUUUUUAAAAAUGAAGAACAUCAUCCAUCGCAAUAACCAGGCAGAUAGUGCAGAUCUUUACAUUCGAGAGAGAUAG